UUAUUGCCUAUUUCUUCAGUUUCUCCUAGAGAAACUCAAAACCCAAGGCCGAUUUUUGCACGGAAAAAAAAUGGCUGUGAAGUCAAAGAAAGCAGAGCAAUCCCCAUUACACAAAGAAUCCACAAAAGCCCCAAGGUCCUGGCCAGAUCUCCCUACCCAACCACUAACCAUACUUGCAAGGAACUCAACACUUAUGCAGAACAUUAGCUAUGGGGGCAAUGUUACCAAGUCAUAUAGACUACCACCAAGACAAUGCAACCCCAUUGAAAAAUCACCAUUUCCUCGGCUAUCCAUCAAUGACGACGGUCAAACUGACAGAUGUCACGAUGAUUUUCAAUACUUACCUGACAUUUUCAACAUCACUUUUCGUGUCGGACACUUGAGGUGGUUUGGAAGACGGCCACCAUGUCGUUAUUCUGCUGACUAUUUUGUAGGGUACUCUCAAGGUAUGCUUGUUGCUAGAGGAGGAGUUGAGCCGUCCGAUCGGUACUAUCUUUGGGAUCCUAUUGAUAGAGUUUGUGGGAUGCUUCCACUUUGGGAUGUUAGUGUUCCUUUUAAACAUGUUGCCCUUUCUUCAUCUCCUAAAGAUCACAAAAGUAUUUGCACUGUGAUGGUUCUAACAGGCAUUAAAAGACCGGCUUUCGCAUUUUGUGACCUAAGAGGAGGCAUUCAAAAACCGACUUUCUCAUUUCGUGACCUAAGAGAAGCAGGUAAUAAAUAUGCAUGGUUCCAGCAAGACAGCACCCUUGUGGAGCCUCACUCUUCAAACCACCCACUCAUGCAAUUCACCAAUGCCAUUGGAUUGGAAGGAAAGUUCUAUGCAUUGAGUUUGCAAGGAAUUCUUGCAGUUAUGGAAAAAAUCGAUUCUCAUUUCAGAAUCACAAGUUUAGGCACAAACAGGGCUGUUCCCAGUGUUCAUGCAAUGCAUUUCAAGGAAUAUUUGAUUGAAUCCAAUGGGGAAAUUUUGUUGGUUUUCUUAGUCUCUAGGAAAUCUAUUCAUAGGGUGGAAAAUGUGGAGGUUUAUCGGCUUCGGUUCGAUAGACUCUCAUGGGUGAAAAUGGAGAGCAUUGGGGAUAGAACAUUGUUUGUGGGGACUAAUUGUUGUAUGUCGGUUAAUGCAAGCAAAAUAGGAUGCAAGGUAGAUUGCAUAUAUUUUAGCAAUCAAACAGUUGGUGAGUGGUUGGUAUAUGAUAUGGAGAGAGGAAGCAUCUCACCUGGUUGGGAAAACUAUGAUUCUAGUACAAGAGCUCCAGUGAGAUGAACAGCAGCGGCUUCAGAAUUUUAGUUCAGCGGUGACAAAAUUACAAAGAAAUUAUUUG